GCUUUUGUUGGAUGUUGGCAUGAGUGACUACACUGUGACUACACCGUCGCAAUCAUUGUACAAAAGUAAUUUGCAAAUAAAUUUGGGAAUAAAGUAUUUUGAAAGGUUGAAUAAUAACUUUAAUUCAUCAAAUAUAUUGAUGUCAGUCUUUGUUUUCUAAUCAGCAAACGUCCAAGUGAUUUUGAAGCAGAUGGACCUGAGAACAAGCAAUAACCAGUCGAAAUUUAAUUAUGGAGAAUCUAAGGAUGAUUUCAAUGGAAAGAGUGAACCAGAUUUGGAUGCUGGGGAGGGAGACGUUGACCUGGUGAUGCUGAUGAAGGAAAAAAUGUCAUUGAACAAAGACGAGUAUCCCAAUACAUUGAGACUGAUUAAUAAAGAGGUGGAUCACAAAUCGAGGAAAAACGUUCAAUUUGUGGACAUCUAUAGAGAGAAGGUUAUCAAGGUGUCAGCCAAAGUUCUCGUGCCUGUACUGAUUCAUCCCAACUUCAACUUUGUCGGCAAGCUGCUGGGUCCAAAGGGCAACUCGCUCAAGAAACUGCAGGAAGACACAAUGUCAAGAAUGUUUAUCAUGGGAAGAGGAUCGAUGAGAGACAAGGAGAAGGAGGAGGAACUUCGACAGUCAGACGACCCGAAAUAUGCGCAUCUGAAGGACGAUCUGCACGUGGAAAUAUCAGUUUUGGCUCCACCUGCUGAGGCGCAUGCGCGUAUGGCCCAUGCACUGGCCGAACUCCGCAAGUACCUCAUCCCCGACUACUUUGACGAGAUUCGCAGGGAGCAGAUGCAACAGAUCCAAGCCGCCAAGACUAUCUCUGGCACGGCCGGCCCCACGGGGCCGCAGAGGCAGAGACCCUCUCUCCCAUUCGCCGGCAAGAGCAUACUGCAGACAAUCAGGCAGAAAGCCUACGCCGCUUCCAAUGACUCUUACAACUAUUACCCCGAUGAAGCUGGCAAAUGGCAGAGUUACAACGAGUAUGGCAACGGCAGGGCUUACAACGGAACAGUAAGCAGUUUCAACAGUUACAAUAAUUACGCGGCCAAUAAAACGGUCAAUGGACGAGGUGGUCGUCGUCUGUUGUAAGGCAAUCGGACGGUGCUUGUGUUACUGUGCUAAUGGUGAUGGAAGGCUGUGUAGGCUGUGCUGAGUAGUCUCUACUCGAAUAUGUUGCGUGCAACGUGCAAGUGAAGUUUUCUUAGUGAAAAGGUUGGGUUUCAGAAUGAAUAUUCAUAACAACAUCCUAACAAUUUUAACAAUUUCUUAUGGGUCAGAUAAUUUCCUGCAAGGUCAACUUUCCUGAUCUCACUUGAAUCAAAUCAUCAUCUGAUAAUAAUUGAAUGUGGCCUUCCAAUUUUGUUUAGUUUAUUAGUCAAUUUAGUUUAUUAGUUAAGUUCCCUAUUAUCACAAAUGUCUAACAAUAAUUAACUAGAGUUCAAUUAAAAUAUUUAUUUAUUUAUAUUAUUAACAUAUUAACUGUAUAAAUAGAAGAAUUAAUUUAUAGUUUGAAAUAAGUUUACAAUCAAAUGAUGAUCCUCAUUUAGUUGAACAUUUUUCUCAAUUCAUCAAUUUCAAUUCCUAACAAAAUAAUUUGUUCAAUAUUGGAAUCUACUGUAUUACAUCUUCAACAACUAAAACAUCAUGGUAUUUUGAAUAGAUCAUCACAAAUGACUUUACAGUUGUGUGAUUCAAACACAAAAUACUUGAAAAAAUGAUUGUAUAAUACAAUUACUAACAAUUAAACAAUUAUGGUAUUUUCGGUACUUUAUCAUGAAUUUCUUAACUGUGUAAUUCGAACAUGAAUU